AUGCCUUCAGAGCUUCUCGUUGAAGAGCGCCAUGAAGAAUUGUGGAUGUUCUUUUUUGGUGUGAUUCUGGUGCUGCUGCACAUGGAAGCAUGUUGCCGUCUCAAGUGCAUUGGUUGUGACUGCCAGGAGGGCAGGCCUCCAUCGAGGCCUCCUAUUUCUCCAUCAACUGACACUCGUGACAACUCAAAGCAAGGAUUCCUUCACCAAUGUGACUGCGAGGCUGAUAAAUUGUUUCAUCUCGAUGCACAUGCCAACAUCCCUACUGGCAAGAAGCCGUAUCAGUGCCCUUCAUGCUCUCGGAGUUUUUCACGAAAGAGUGACUUAAAAAUCCACUUGCGCACCCACACAGGUGAGAAGCCAUUUCAGUGCCCGUCAUGCCUUAAGAGCUUCUCGCAAAAGACUACCAUGAAGUCCCACCUGCGCACCCACACAGGUGAGAAGCCAUAUCAGUGCCCUUCAUGCUCUCUGGGCUUCUCACGAAAGAAUAACCUGAAAAACCACCUCCGCACCCACACAGGCGAGAAGCCAUAUCAGUGCCCUUCAUGCUCUCGGGGCUUCUCGCGAAAGUUCGGCCUGAACGAACACCUACGUACCCACACAGGUGAGAAGCCAUAUUAGUGCACUUCAUGCUCUCGGAGUUUCUCGCAAAAGACUACCAUGAAGUCCCACCUGCGCACCCACACAGGUGAGAAGCCCUAUCAGUGCCCUUCAUGCUCUCGGGGCUUCUCGCGAAAGUUCGGCCUGAACGAACACCUGCGUACCCACACAGGCGAGAAGCCAUAUCAGUGCACUUCAUGCUCUUGGAGUUUCUCGCAAAUGAACCGCCUGAAUGAGCACCUGCACACCCACACACGUGAAAACACACCAGUGCCCUCUGUGCCUUCAGAGCUUCUCCUGGAAGAGAGCAAUGAAGAUACACCAACGCAUUCAUACAGGUGA